GUUUUGAUUUGAUUCUAUUGUUCUGUUGUGCGCGUACCGGUCGAAAGUUCUUGUGGAAUUCAACUUUUUUCGUGAAAAUCUCUCGUUUUAGUGCCAACAUUUUUUACCAUAAUGACCGGAUAUCUGCAGAUAUCCCCAACGGUGGCGUACACAGUGUUGAGUGAAAUUUUAGCUAGUUCUGGAAUAGCGGUCGAUGAACCGGACAGUGCCAGGAUCGCCGAGAUCCUGACACCAAAAAGUCCGGCCAAAGCAGCUGCAGUGCAGCCGAUGGUAUCGAUUCCGGUUGCGAGUGUCCCCGCGGUUGUGAAAGAAGAAUUUAGAGAAAUAGAUUCCGAUGACCGGGCGUUGGUACGGUACCCGAUGUGCGUGUCCCACGAGGCGGUACCAAACGUGUUGAGCUUCAACGAAGACUCGACGUUGGUUUCCGGUCGAAUGACCCCGUGCCAGUUCAACGAGAUUGAGUUGGCACUGCUGCAGCGGGCAAUGGCCAACGGUCAGGACGAGGUGUCGCUUCUGACCCAGUCGCUGUCGUUGUCCAUGAUGGAGGCCCAGUUCCUGCGGAUGCAUUUGAAGGAGUUUAAUUUGAAGGCACGCUCGGUGCUGGAGCUGUUCAAGUACUGUGAGGGCACGAACGACCGCUUCUGUCGCUGCCCGGAGAUUCGCAAGCGAGUCUACGAGAUGGGCAUACUCGUUCAGCGUAGCGUUCCGUAACGGCGAUCUUCAAAACCUUUCCAAUAAAAGUGCCUCGCUGCGCGGUGGUAUCGAACGAUCGAUAUUAAAUAAAUUUUAUUACUUUAAUGAA